AUGUCGUGUACCGAACGUGUCAUUAUUCCUGUCAACGGUGGCGUCGAGGAUUGGAAAGAGCAGCUGAAGGCCCUCCUCAUCACUAUCAAGCAGCAGCCGGGCUACAUACGCACGCGAUGGGGUCCCUGGUCCGAGGACAAGCAAAAAUUGGACCUCACGAUAGUAGGAUGGGAAUCCAAAGAAGCUAGCGAAGCUUUCGCCCAAACCCCCGCCUUCACCACGGCAAUGAACCAGUUCUCCUCUGUCCUUUCCGGCCCCAUCGAGCACUACUGUGUCAACUUCAGACCCCGCGCCCCACAAAAAGCCAUUGACUCCCCCGUCGUUGAGAUGAUCACUUUCCCAAACUGCACCGCUGACGAAGAUACCCUCCGCGACAGGGUUGCCAAAUGUAACGAAGUUGAGGGGUGUCGGGGGUGUGGCUCGGGGUACUCGAUUGAUUCUGUGGGAGACAAGGAAGGUGGGGGAAAGACGUAUGUGGCGGCUGUUGGAUGGGAGAGCAUGGAGGCUAGUAGAAGCGCGGACAAGAAGAUUUAUGUGCCUGGGCCGGAGGCCGGGGUCACAGGAAAGAUGGAGGUGCACCAUGUGAACUACAACUUUCCGGUUAAGGGAUUUUCGGUCACGAACUAG